GCGCUCGUUCAGUCACAGCUGCAGCAUCUGUCCCGAGCGCCGCCGAGCAAGUCAUUUUUCUCGGACUUUCUGCGGACGCUCGCCUCGGCGACGUUAACAACUACAUCUACAGUGUGUUUUGCCGGGAACGCUGUGUGAUAUUAAAGUUGUUCAUUGAUUAAAGUUAGAGCAGUCUCGGGAAAAUGAUCGCAUAUUGCGGGGAUGCGACAGUAGCUGUGUGCGAUAAGUGAGGAUUUGGAUAAAUAACUUAAAAACAGUUUGAUAAACUCCAUCCGCGCGCUUCAUGUUCGACAGGACAGGAGGAGGACCGUUUAAAAUUAGUCAAAUCAUUCAAUAUUUGGAGGAUAUCGACAUAUGGAAACAGGAAGUUGAACAACAGUGGGGUUUUAGUCGAGUGUUGUGAUGGGUAAAGAUUAUUACAGGGUCCUGGGGAUAGAGAAGGGCGCCUCUGAUGAGGAGCUCAAGAAAGCCUACAGAAAACAAGCUUUAAGAUUUCAUCCCGACAAAAACAAAUCAGCCGGAGCAGAAGAUAAAUUCAAAGAGAUCGCCGAAGCGUAUGAUGUCCUGAGCGAUGCCAAGAAGAAAGACAUCUAUGACAGAUAUGGAGAGGACGGGCUUAAGGGACACGCUGGAGGAGGCACCAAUGGCCCUAGCUAUACUUUUCACGGCGAUCCUCACGCCAUGUUUGCAGAGUUCUUUGGUGGCCGUAGCCCAUUCGAUCAGUUUUUUGCAUCUGCUGGGGGCACUGAUAAUGACAUGGACAUUGACGACCCCUUUGCGGCCUUCGGAAUGGGAGGAAUGGGCGGAUUUCCCAGAUCUUUCAAGUCUCGGGUAGGCGGUGUACACGGGAGCCGAGAAAAGAAGAAAGAUCCCCCAGUAGUGCACGAGCUCAAGGUGAGUCUGGAAGAUGUGUUCUCUGGUUGCACAAAAAAGAUGAAGAUCUCUCGCAAGAGGCUGAACCCGGACGGCUGCACGGUGCACACCGAAGACAAGAUCCUCACCGUGGACAUCAAACGUGGCUGGAAGGAGGGGACAAAGAUUACCUUUCCCAAAGAGGGAGAUGAGACGCCAACCAACGUCCCUGCCGACAUAGUGUUUGUGGUUAAGGACAAGGUUCACUCGGUUUUUCAGAGAGACGGCUCUGACAUCAUCUAUCCUGCAAGGAUAUCCCUCAGAGAGGCUCUAUGCGGCUGCACCAUCAGCGCUCCCACCUUGGACGGUAGAACUGUCACAGUGACGUCACGUGAUGUCAUCAAACCCGGUAUGAAGAAGAGGAUAGUGGGAGAAGGACUGCCACUGUCCAAAUAUCCUGAAAAGAGAGGAGACAUGGUGUUGGAGUUCUCAGUCAAAUUUCCGGACAAGUUGGGACCGAGUACUCGUGAAGCUCUGGUUCAGAUCCUACCACCUUGAUCUUUGCAGCCACUCGAGGACAGACUCUCAACACACAGAUCCUAUGAUUGGGCCCUUCUGAUUUCCUAGAUAUUAUUGCACCUGAAAGUAUCAGUGGUAAAUGUACAAACAAGUCAAGCUCAGAGAAACACAAUAGAGCUCCAAUACAUUAUUUAUAUCCCCUUACUUGUAUUGCAAUGCACUUUUACAAAACACUGUGAAACAUUUCAGAAGUAAUAUAUUGACUUUCACACAUAGUUUUACAGUACCUCAGAGUAAACACUCCGUCAUCCUCCUCUUUACUUCUUCAGGUUUCUUUCCCCUUGAAUCUGUUAUUUUCUUUUAUUCCAAUUUUAGUCGCUGAGCAGUCAAAAUUUUACUUAACAGAAACCAUCACUUCUGAACUUUAGGGUUUUAUAUGUUUCUGAAGAUCUCAAAUAGUAAUUGUAGAAGUGUGUGAAAUCCCAAUGAAAGGCCUGCUUUGCAUAGAGUGAGCCCAGGAAAUUCACAAGGGCUCAUGAGCAUUAUCACAGCGUUUCCAGAGCAUGUUAAAGUGUGGUCACAUUUACCAUUGCUUGAUAAUAUUUCACUGGGGAAAUGUGGUCUUUCCAAUCUACCUUAUUUUCCAAUGGUUAAGUAAGCUAUUUUCUGUGAAUGUGCAAGAUUUCUGAUUCAUUAGCUGCUAUAGGUAAAUAACUGCCUUAGGCCCCAAUCAGACAGAAUGCGUUUAUUUGCAGUGUGAGGCGCCUUUUUUAAUCGUUUUCUAUUGACUGUGAGUGUUUUGCUCACUGUUUAGGCGCCCCAGGCACCUCGUGUUUUUGUAGGAGUGCUCCGAGCACCUGAAGUUGAAAAAAGUUUUUUUUUUUUUUUUUUGAUAGUCCAAUCGAAUGAAUGGAGAGGCGGGCCUUGCAUUGUGGCGAUGGUAGUUUACAGUUGCUUGGAACGUCCGGAGACUGCAAAGAUGGAGGAGAAACUUGUGGUGGCUGUCGCAGGUUACCCGAAGUUGUUGUUUUUUUUAAUACGUUUCCGCUAAUAUGACCGUUUACUUAACAGCAAACCAAAGAUAUUAGAGCGUUCACGCUAUAAUCCUUGAUUAGACUGACAGGACAGCUGAUUCGGUGGUUGCCUAGCAACAUAAACCCACAGCGCACUGCUCUUUUCAGAAUUAAAAAAAGUAAACCAAAAAAAAAGGCAGUGCAGUGUGCCUUGCGUUUUAAAACCUGAAAAACGUGUUUUGUCUGAUCGGGAUGUUAUGUGUCAGAGAAACAAGUGUGCAGCCAUCUUUAGAAUUUUGUCA